AUACGUUUGGGCCGAAAUUAAUACAGUAGAUUUGUGACGGUUCUUAACUUAACUGUGUGUGCAAAAAUAUUUUUUGCGUCAUAAUUGACGCUAUGAGAGUAAGCUUUUUCAUUCUGGGCGUCGUAGCUCUCGUCUACGGCAGACCCCAGGAUAUUGAACCAAAUAACCUAAUAACUGAUGAAAGAUGCUCUUCAGCUAAAACCCAUCACUUAUUACCCCACGAAUACGACUGUACCAAGUUUUACUACUGUGAAAAUGGACUUAGACACAAAGUACCAAGUAAUUGUGCUCCUGGAACGGAAUUCUCGUACGAUGAACAAGUGUGCACCCAUCCCAUAUUAGCGAAGUGUUCCCUAUCAGGACUACCGACAACUCCUCAGAGUACCUGUCCAACUUGUCCACCAGGUGAUGCGACAACACCAACACCAACUCCGACAACCGUAGCACCAACAACUUCAAGCCCCGGAAUAACUUUACCCAAUGGUUGUCCCGCUGACUUCGAAGUUCACGUACUAUUGGCUCAUGAGACGUACUGCGAUAAGUUCUACUUCUGCGUCCGCGGAGAAAAAAUUGAAAGGGAAUGCGCAAACGGCACAUACUUUAAUUAUGAGAAUCAAAUAUGCGAUUGGGCAGAAAACGUAGAAUGUUCAGGUAGUAGCGGAAGUGGAGGUGGCAGUGUUGUAGACGGUGGGGAUGGUGGCGUAAACGACGGAGGCAGUGCUGGAGGAGGUGGUGGUACACUUCCAAAUGCUUGUCCUGCUGACUUCAAUAUACAUAAACUGUUGCCACAUGAGAACAACUGCGCCAAGUUCUACUAUUGCGUACAUGGAAAAAAAGUAGAGAGAGACUGUGCACCAGGAACUCACUUCAGCCCAACUCUUCAGGUUUGCACAUGGCCACGAGACGCUGGAUGCGAAGCUGGUAGCGGAGAUAAUGGCAGUGGAGGAGGUGGAAGUGGUGGUGGUGGAGACGGAGGCAGCGGUGGAGGUGAUGGUGGAGACGGAGGAGGUGGAGGCGGCGGUGGAGGUGGCGGUACACUUACAAAUGGGUGUCCUGCUGACUUCGAUAUCCAUAAACUAUUGCCACAUGAAAACGACUGCACUAAGUUCUACUAUUGCGUACAUGGAAAUACAGUAGAGAGGAACUGUGCACCAGGAACUCACUUCAGCCCAACUCUUCAGGUUUGCACAUGGCCACAAGAUGCUGGAUGUGAAGCUGGCAGUGGAGGCGGAGGCGGCGGUGGUGGAGGUGGUGGAGGUGAAGGAGGCGGCGGUGGUGAA